ACAUCACAGUAAAAUAAAUGAGGUGCCGUGGCCAUGGAUUUUUCUUCACCAAUGUGACACGAAGGCAUCAUUAGUCACGUGAAUGUCACACAGGAAAUGAAGCCAAGGACCAACAACAACAGCUAAAUCCUACUGAAAAACAUGACCACGGCGGCUCUGACAGCUGGACUGGAGCGCAUCCCCGACCAACUCGGCUAUCUGGUUAUCAGCGAAGACGGAGUUCUAGCUUCUGCAGGAGAGUUGGAGAACGAUGAACAUACGGCUGGUGUAAUGAUGCAAAUGGUGCGAACAGCAAGCCGCUUCAGGUUAUCAGGAUCAGCUGAUGUACCUUUUAAGAGGAUGUCAGUGAUCCUGGAUGACUUUGUUUACACAGUGACCAUUUCUGCACAGAAAGUAUUUGUGGUAAAACGACAACAAAACCAGAGAGAGCCUGUCAAUGUAUGAACAAAAACUGAGAGCAGUGGGCUUCAUUAGGGUCCAGUUGUUACACUUGAGAUAUUGUUAAAUUUUUUUGUCUUUUGUGUUUCAUAGUAUAACUUUAUUAGAAUAAAGUGAAAUGCAGUGAUCUUCAAAA